AGCCGAAAUCCAGACCAAAAGACCUAUGCUUCUAAAUUGAUUAUGGGAUAAUCAUAUCAACGAAUGGUCGAAAAAAAUUGAACUUAACAACGAACCAUGGCUAUCAAGAAAACGAUCGGAGCGAGCGUAAGCAGGUUGACCGCUACGAACCUCACCUGGUUCGUAGUCGUUAGCUCCGCCGCCGCCGCCGCCGCCGCCGGAAGCAUUUACUCCCCCACCGCCUCCACCGCUUUCGGUGGGUCGCACUACCAGGCUACUGAGAUGUGGCGUGGUGUGGUCCUUCUCUCUCGACCCCAUCUCUUCGUUGCGGCAACAAUUGUAUUCUCAGCCUGAUUUGCCUCGACUAGUAGAAGUGUAGACCAAUGUAAGGGCAAAACCCUAGCUAAGAUCGUGUCCGGGACUGCGGGACUAACGG